GGUGGUGGUAGUGAUGGGAAAUCGCGGGUAAACGCGUGGAAAAUGCGAGGAGAACGGGCGCAAACGUGGAGAAACCGCCGCGUGGAGAACGAGAAUCGUCCAAGAGAAAGAGGAGCAGCGGAGGAGGAGUAGGAGGAGGAGUUGUGACUCGCGAAAUAAGCCAAGCUUUCGAGACAAACGAAAGGGUGAGUGAGAAACGAACGAACUGUUUCCUUCUUCUUCUUCUUCUUCUUCUUCUUCUUCUUCUUAACCGGGAGCUUUUUUCCAUUUCGUCGAAAGGAUAUCUAAUCCAUCGGCCUACCAACCCAACCAACCAACCAACCAACCAACCAGGUCCAUCUUUUCUUCCAUUCCCGUCGUUCGUCGUUCCACGCCGAGAACCAGUGACGAGAGGCGACGAGGGAAGAGGGCGCGGCGCAACGACCACGUUCGGACAGAUGUGCGCGCUCGUGUACGCGACGGACGGACGGCCUAGGAGCUACGUUUCCUACGAGCCUCUCGCGACCACCGCCGCCCGCCACCACUGACGUUCCGCCCGCGUUCUCCCUUUCUUACCGACCGAGGAGAUGGGCUCCCCGUCGCGUUUCGCCUCGGAUCGGGGGAUCCUCGAGUGCCCGGGCCCGUGCAAUCCCAAGAACAAGGUGUGCCGGCGGACGUGCGUCCAGAACAUGAUCACCAUCCUCGAGGACCUGCCCCCCUGCAUCCGGUCGAGGCUUCGCCAAGAGGAUCUCCUCUCCGUGUUCACCAAGGAUCAGGAUUACGAGCAGUCGUGCGCCGCGGCCAAUCCGACGGGAGGCAACCCGUCGUCCCAGAUGGGGGCUACCUGCGAGGGGAAGGCGUGCGCCAAGCGUUCCGUGUCCGACAAGUCGUCCGUGUCGACCAAAGGCGACGAGCGUUCGGUGGAGGUGAUGGGGGGGCUGAGCAUGAGGGCGGAGGACGAGGGGACGCAGACGAUCGAGGAGAAGAAGAUACAGACCGAGCAGACGAUCCGCCAGAUCACGUCCCAGUUUUGCGCGAUCGCGUCCGAGACGAGAACGUUCACCCAGCAGACCGAGGACGCGGCGAUCCUCGUCCAGACGACGAGCACCCGCGGCUUCCAGGCGUUUCAAACGGCGACCGAGGCGACGGCCGGAUUAGAGCUGGGGAUAAGAGGCGGAUUAUUGGAGGGAAUGACGGAAGGAAUGGAGGAAAUAGUGGCAGCGGAAAGAGGGGUAGGGGGGAUAAUGGAAGGAAUAACAGGAAGAGGAGGGGCGUUAAUAGGUGGAAUAACGGGAGGAAGAGGAGGAGGGGAAGAAGUGGGGGGAGGGGGUGGGGGAGGGGCAGCAGGAGGACGAGGGAGAUCCUCGUGCUCGUGUUCUUUCGUCAGGGCUAUCAUUUAUUCCGGCUUGCUCAUUACGCUAGCGAUCUUUGCCAAGCAGAGACCGAUGUGCGAGAUCAUCCUGUCCAUGCAAAUUUGCGGACUUAUCGCUAUUUUGAGCUGGAAAUUAUUCGGCACCGUGAUGCCGUGAACAGGGGAGGCAGGGAGAGAAGAAGAAGAAGAAGAAGAAAAACAAGAAGAAGAAGAAGAAGAAGAAGGAGAAGGAGAAGAAGAAGAAAAAGUAAAAAUAAAAAUAAAAAUAAAAAUAAUAAAAAUAAUAAUCGUGCGCGUGAUCCUCGUCUCCUUCCAUCCAUUAGGACGGAGGGAGAGGAGAGGAGAGGAAAGAUCUCUCCUCGAUCGUCCCUCGUCUCUUCCGUUUCCUACGAGACCGCAAACGGCCCACGACCGCAAACAUCGAUUCGACCACCUCCUCUCCCUCCUCUCCGCGCAUUAAUCCAUACAUCGCUCGUUUCUUAGCUUAGAAA